UGCAAACUGUAUUCAAUCCAUGGGGUCAUUAGGCCCCACUGCAGUACCACAUUGCCUAUAUAGGCCCUAGCCUGCCCAGGGGACUAGCGCAAAUCAGAGGCAGCAGCUAAUCCUGGCCCAUUCCAGUACCUGAUUUGAGUCAGCAUACAAAUGUGUGCCCUGCCUGUGAAGGCUAUAAUUUGAAGGUGUUAUGCUUUCAAUGGCCUGCAAACUGUAGGUGCCAUUUUGGUGUCAGAUGACACUGUGAAUCUCAUUAUGACAUCUUUUUUGGGGAGGGCUAUCCACCUGAUUUUAGCUUAUAAAAAUACUCCUGUAUAAAUAGACAUAAUGCCCAUAAUCCAUAUACCCUAACCAAAAGUUAAUUCUCUCUUGCCACCUAAAGCCCUUUUAUACCAGCAGGCAGGCAAAAUUGCUUACUGUAGCAGUGAGGCUGAAAUCUCCCUUCCUGCUCAGUAAGUGUACUUCACAACUUGCAAAUAAGGGGCAGGGAGGCCAUUUUGGAAUGUUGCUACCCGGUGACCACACCUGCUUUACAUAGCCUGUUCAACUGCAGUCAGAUGACCCAACAUGGCCUAUUGCUGGUGCAAGUAAAAUGUUCCAAGUCCAAGCCUCCCUAGCCAGUUCACUGUGAACUCUAUUUCUUUGACAACAAGGAGACCAAUUCUGGGCUUUCUACCAUGCUGACCAAUCAUGAAUAAGGAUCCACUUUAUAGAUUGCAAACUGUCAAGCAAAGUCAUAACUGACUUUUGAGUACCCCAUCCUGGCCUGUCACAGCGCCCUCUCAAACAGAUUGCUCAAGAAAGCAGCUCACAGCUAAGAGACUGGGUCCUGUUCCCCUUAUUAGAGUUGCUGCAGAGUUAGGAUCCACAGAUUUCAAAAUCAGUGUUGUGAAGGGCCACAGUAAUGACCUCAUUGUGUUCUAGUUAAAUUACUUCUAGUUGGGCAAACUAAAUACAUGCUUGCUGAAGAUGAGAUACAAUCCAUGUUACCUGAAAACUCUUCUCCUGGAGAACACUGCCUGCUCUUCAGGCUGAAUUCCAUUUAAUAACGUCAAGUUUGGGUGGGGAAAAUGUCCUCUUCCUGCAGUACAAGUUGAAUUUAAAAACUUUUGGCUUGUAUUGAGAGGAAGGACAUUUCAGAAGUUUGGGCACUAGCCCGGAUCCCAGGAGACCCUGCUCUGCCAUAGACUUCCUGUGUGACUUUGGGCAACUCACUAAGUCUCUCUGUGCCUCAGUUUCCCAUCUGUAAUAUGGGGGUAAUAGCAAUUCUCCACAUCACUGAGGUUGUAGUAAGGAGAAGUACAUUAAAAGGUAGCGCUCAGAUACUAUGGUAAUAGGUACCAUAUAUGUACCUGAGAUAGAUAUCUGAGUCAAUUCUUCUUGGGUUAAUAACUUAGCCCUGGUCUACACUAGGACUUUAGGUCGAAUUUAGCAGCGUUAAAUCAAUGUAAACCUGCACCCGUCCACACAAUAAAGCCCUUUAUUUCGACUUAAAGGGCUCUUAAAAUCGAUUUCCUUACUCCACCCCUGACAAGUGGAUUAGCGCUUAAAUCGACGUUGCCAGCUCGAAUUUGGGGUACUGUGGACACAAUUCGAUGGUAUUGGCCUCCGGGAGCUAUCCCAGAGUGCUCCAUUAUGACCGCUCUGGACAGCACUCUCAACUCAGAUGCACUGGCCAGGUAGACAGGAAAAGAACCGCGAACUUUUGAAUCUCAUUUCCUGUUUGGCCAGCAUGGCAAGCUGCAGGUGACCAUGCAGAGCUCAUCAGCACAGGUGACCAUGAUGGAGUCCCAGAAUUGCAAAAGAGCUCCAGCAUGGACCGAACGGGAGGUACGGGAUCUGAUCGCUGUUUGGGGAGAGGAAUCCGUGCUAUCAGAACUCCAUUCCAGUUUUCGAAAUGCCAAAACCUUUGUGAAAAUCUCCCAGGGCAUGAAGGACAGAGGCCAUAACAGGGACCCGAAGCAGUGCCGCAUGAAACUGAAGGACCUGAGGCAAGCCUACCAGAAAACCAGAGAGGCGAACAGCCGCUCUGGGUCAGAGCCCCAAACAUGCCGCUUCUAUGAUGAGCUGCAUGCCAUUUUAGGGGGUUCAGCCACCACUACCCCAGCCGUGUUGUUUGACUCCUUCAAUGGAGAUGGAGGCAAUACGGAAGCAGGUUUUGGGGACGAAGAAGAUGAUGAUGAGGAGGAGGUUGUAGAUAGCUCACAGCAAGCAAGCGGAGAAACCGGUUUUCCCGACAGCCAGGAACUGUUUCUCACCCUAGACCUGGAGCCAGUACCCCCCGAACCCACCCAAGGCUGCCUCCUGGACCCAGCAGGCGGAGAAGGGACCUCUGCUGCAUGUGUUUCAAUGAUCACAGGAUCUUCUCCUUCCCAGAGGCUAGUGAAGCUUAGAAAGAAAAAAAAAACGCACUCGCGAUGAAAUGUUCUCCGAGCUCAUGCUGUCCUCCCACACUGACAGAGCACAGAUGAAUGCGUGGAGGCAAAUAAUGUCAGAGUGCAGGAAAGCACAAAAUGACCGGGAGGAGAGGUGGCGGGCUGAAGAGAGUAAGUGGCGGACUGAAGAGAGUAAGUGGCGGGCUGAAGACAGGGCUGAAGCUCAAAUGUGGCGGCAGCGUGAUGAGAGGAGGCAGGAUUCAAUGCUGAGGCUGCUGCAGGACCAAACCAGUAUGCUCCAGUGUAUGGUUGAGCUGCAGCAAAGGCAGCUGGAGCACAGACUGCCACUGCAGCCCCUCUGUAACCAACCGCCCUCCUCCCCAAGUUCCAUAGCCUCCACACCCAGACGCCCAAGAACGCGGUGGGGGGGCCUCCGGCCAACCAGCCACUCCACCACAGAGGAUUGCCCAAAAAAAAGAAGGCUGUCAUUCAAUAAAUUUUAAAGUUGUAAACUUUUAAAGUGCUGUGCUUAAAGUGCUGUGUGGCAUUUUCCUUCCCUCCUCCACCACCCCUCCUGGGCUACCUUG